UCCCGGUUCCCGCCUCCCCUCACCGCGGUCUCGGCAGCCCCUUCCUGCAGCUGCCGCCGCCUCCGCCGCCUCUGGAGGAGCGGGUCCACCUCAGGUCACCAUGCCCAGCAAAACCAAGUACAACCUUGUGGACGAUGGGCACGACCUGCGGAUCCCCUUGCACAACGAGGACGCCUUCCAGCACGGAAUCUGCUUUGAGGCCAAGUACGUAGGAAGCCUGGAUGUGCCGAGACCCAACAGCAGAGUGGAGAUCGUGGCUGCCAUGCGCCGGAUACGGUAUGAGUUUAAAGCCAAGAACAUCAAGAAGAAGAAAGUGAGCAUUAUGGUUUCAGUGGAUGGAGUGAAAGUGAUUCUGAAGAAGAAGAAAAAGAAAAAGGAGUGGACAUGGGACGAGAGCAAGAUGUUGGUGAUGCAGGACCCCAUCUACAGGAUCUUUUAUGUCUCUCAUGAUUCCCAAGACUUGAAGAUCUUCAGCUAUAUUGCUCGAGAUGGUGCCAGCAAUAUCUUCAGGUGUAACGUCUUUAAAUCCAAGAAGAAGAGCCAGGCUAUGCGAAUUGUCCGGACGGUGGGGCAGGCCUUUGAGGUCUGCCACAAGCUGAGCCUACAGCACACACAGCAGAACGCAGAUGGACAGGAAGAUGGAGAGAGUGAGAGGAAUAGCAACAGCUCAGGGGACCCAGGCCGUCAGCUCACUGGAGCCGAGAGGGCCUCCACGGCCACUGCGGAGGAGACUGACAUCGAUGCAGUAGAGGUCCCACUUCCGGGGAAUGAUGUCCUGGAGUUCAGCCGAGGGGUAACCGACCUUGACGCAGUUGGGAAUGAAGGAGGCUCCCACACAGACUCCAAGGUUUCGUCCCACCCACAGGAGCCCAUGCUGACAGCCUCACCCAGGAUGCUCCUUUCCUCCUCUUCCUCGAAGCCCCCGGGCUUGGGCUCCGGGACGCCACUGUCCACCCACCACCAGAUGCAGCUCCUCCAGCAGCUCCUCCAGCAGCAACAGCAGCAGACACAAGUGGCUGUGGCCCAGGUUCACUUGCUGAAGGACCAGUUGGCUGCAGAGGCUGCGGCACGGCUGGAGGCCCAGGCUCGUGUGCACCAGCUCCUGCUGCAGAACAAGGACAUGCUCCAGCACAUCUCACUGCUGGUCAAGCAGGUGCAGGAGCUGGAGCUGAAGCUAUCAGGACAGAAUGCCAUGGGCUCCCAGGACAGCUUGCUGGAGAUCACCUUCCGCUCCGGAGCCUUGCCUGUACUCUGCGACCCCACGACCCCUAAGCCAGAGGACCUGCACUCUCCGCCACUGGGCGCAGGCUUGGCUGACUUUGCCCACCCAGCGGGCAGCCCCUUAGUUGACCACAGCAUGUUUGAGAACUUGAAUACAGCCCUCACUCCAAAGCUGCAGUCGAGCUGUUCCUUUCCCCACUUGUCCAGGUCUGCAGCCCCCAGCUCUGUCGCUCUAGGUCCUGUGGAGCCUGGUGGGCCAGGACUCUGGGUGGGCAGCAGCCAGCACCUCAAGAACCUGGGCAAAGCCAUGGGGGCCAAAAUGAAUGACUUCCUGAGGAGGAAAGAGCCCUCGAGCCUUGGUGGUGUGGGCGUGAUGGAGAUCAACAAGACCGCAGGCGCUGAACUAGCAAGUGGGGUUGAUGUGGCAUCGGGGGCCUGUCUAGAAGACGAGCGGUCAGCCCUGCAAGAAGCAUUCCCACGACUGGAUCCUCCACCACCCGUAACCAAGAAGCGAACCCCCCGGGCCCUGAAGACCACCCAGGACAUGCUGAUUUCGUCACAGCCUGUCCUGAGUAACCUGGAGUAUGGGACAGAGCUGUCACUUGGGCUGCCCCAGGACUCCCCUUCCUCCACACUUGCUCCAAGAGAGUUCGCCCCAGCAGACACGUCCCAGCUAGAGGUCACCAUGGAAAUGGCAGAGAAGGGCGAGGCCCUGCCCAAUGGAGAGGUCUCCCUGUCGGUACCUGACCUAAUCCACAAGGACAGCCAGGGCGAAUCCAAGCUGAAGAUGACUGAGUGGCGAAGGGCCUCCUCCCCUGACCUCAUGGAGAGAAAUGGCCUCAAACUCAGCCUGAGCCCCAUCAGCCUGGCUGAGCCCCCGGAGGACGGUAGCCCGCCUUCUCAGGCACGGACCUCCAGCCUUGACAAUGAAGGCCCUCACCCAGACUUGCUGUCCUUCGAGUAGAGCCUUUUCUCUUCCCUGCUGAACACUGCUCCCCUCUCCUCUGCUUCCUU